AUGGCAACCGUUGAGGCUACUACCGCCGAUGUUCCCAACAAAAAGACUUCACACAAGACCCUCUGGCAGUGGGAGAACACAACACGGCGGUUAGGUUUCCUAGCUUUCAUGGGAGUGUCGCCUACUGUGGACAGGGAGACGGUUCAGGGGCUGUACGAAGAGGUGGAGAGAACGGCCGAGGAGUAUGUAAACAACAUCUCCGUGGAUCCUGUGCCCUGGCGCGGUGGAGAACGUCUGAACAAGCGGCACUUUGGAACUGUAGUUGAGGCCCUGGCCGCUAGUCCUCACGGUCUACUUCGACCUCAACAUAUCCUACAGUUUUUCAGGAACCGCUACCCAGACCUCUGGCGACAGACAGGUAGAACUGCAGCAACGGCGGCAGUUGUGAAAGCCAUCCAUGUUGUCCUGUCAAGUCGCAAGUUAUUACAAGUCGAAGCGGACGUUGACCCCGUGACGUCAGACCGUCGUGUCGUCUUCUUCGCCAUCGACUACCAGAGUUACCCAGACGCCCCCGCGCCAGGCACGGCCCUCCGAACGCCACAGGAUCAUGAAGACGACUUGGGCGGGGAUGAAAAUAUAUCAACUUCCGCCAGAGGGCGUCGUGACACCGUCAGUUCUCUCUCUGAUGAGUCUGGUGCUCAUGACAAGACCCCGCAGAAAGUCCACCUGGCGAGGUCUAUUCUCAGGAGAGCGUUAGAGGAAUCCAACGGACAGAACCAAAAUAACGUUCCGCAAGGAAAUAUCAAGCGGCGGUGGCAACAAAAAGGAGUCCAACUGAGCCCUCGUCACGGUAGGAAAGGGACAAACCAGUACGAAGUGGCAGACCCGAACACCCCCACUUGUUCUGCUGAUGGUACAGUCAGCACCAAGGACGGGGACAACAACAGACGUUGGCAGGAGUAUUGGGGCCGGUGUCUGGAGCAGGAGGCUCCCACGUACGCGUUCGACCUGGUCGGCUACGUGUGUGAGGAGCGGCUGUCACGUGGAUUCUUCCCCAGGGUCGUCAACGUUUUCCCGCGGAAUUUACUGCGAACUGCCGAGCAGGCUGUGACGGAAUGUCUGGCUAAUGUCGAGCUGUAGAGCCUGGAAAACAACGCCUCCUGGCGAUUUGUUUGA